AUGACGAGGAAGAAGCUAAACCUAGCUUACAUCGCCAAUGAUUCGAUGAGGAAAUCAACAUUCAACAAGAGGAAGAAAGGGUUUAUCAAAAAGAUCCACGAGCUCUCCGUUCUCUGCGGUAUCGAAGCAUGUGCGGUGAUCUACAGUCCGUACAACGCAAGCCCGGAGGUGUGGCCAUCGAACUCGGGAGUGAAGAAGAUAGUGGAGAAGUUCGAGGCGCUGCCAGGGAUGGAGAAAGAGAAGAAAAUGGUGAACCACGAAGGUUUUCUCAGACAAAGCAUCGCAAAAACCAUGGAGAGUAGCAACAAGAAGAUGAAGGAAAACAAGGAGAGGACGAUGAAGGAGGCCAUGUUCCAGUGUCUUAGUGGGAAAGGAGAGCUGCUUAAGCUGACUGAUAUAGAUCGUCAGGAUCUGUGUAAGUACAUUGAUCAAUACCUUAAGGAGCUUUAUCACCACAGGAACCAAACCCUGAGUCAAUCGCAUCUUGAAUAUGGAGAAUCUUCUUCAGCUGCUAACGUGGGUUCCUCGGCUUUUCCAAAUCACGACGUUUUCAACUCUCCUCAACUAGUCAAUGAGUUAUGGGCCUCCUUGAGGCCCGUAAUCUCUUCGAACCAUCAGAAACAAGAAGAGGUUAGUACUUUUGGAGAUGAUCAGUUUCUUCCUGCCGUCAAUGACCAACAAGGUUACUAUCAAAUGAUGAAUCAUGUCGGUGUUUACGACCAUCAUCCAAAUCAUGUCGGUGUUUACGACCAGCAGCAGUUUGGAUGUCCAAUGGUGAGUCAAGAUGGAAUUUACAAUCCGAGUCAAAGUCACAAUCUUCAGGAGGAAGGAUGGUUGGUUGCUCAGAAUCAGAUGUUGAACCAUCCUGAGCAAAUGUGUUUUCCUAUGAUGGAUGACAACAACCGUUACUACCACCACCAGCCCUAA